AGAGUCGGUGCGCCUCUCGGCCGUGGGCACAAAUCGCGAGUAAAAUGGAAGCGGAAUUUCGCUGCGAGGUUGAGGUUCGUCGUUGAAAACAGGUGAACAUGGGAAGGUCCAAGUUUCCCGGGAAGCCGCCGAAGACGGCCACCAGGAAACGGAUCAAGGUGCUGGGCCAGCCUGAGGCAGCGCAGAACGAUCCGGUAACUGUCGCCGAAAACAUCUACUACGGACUUUCCCUGUUCAACGAAACAUUCGGCGACAACGAGAAGGAACAUCCACCAUUUCACGGAUUUAGCACUAAAGAGGCUAAUCUUUCUGCAUCUUAUAUAAAAACGCAGCAACAUGAUGCAGAGAAGACAAGCGAUAGAUUGCCAUCUGUCACAGUCGAAAAUCUUGCACCACAGUCCAGCACGAAGAAGGAUGUUAUUGAUGUUAAAAAUUCUCCUACAGACAUCGAAAACAGCACAGAAAAGUUUACCAAUUCAAAUCCAAAACCAGUUAAAGACGUCACCCGGUUACAACCAGUUACAAAUCCGAAUACUAAGCAUUCAAAGAUUCACCGAGCAAAAAGUCGUAAGAAUUGCAAGAACAUUAAAUUUUCGAAUUAUUUGAAAAACCCGGUGCUAAAAUCAGUGAACAACAUCUUAGAUCAGCAUCAAAGAACCAGACAGUUACGCAACAGUACUGCAAAAAGAUUGCUUCAAAGGGCGAAAUCUGGAAAUAAUACACGUAAUUUGGUAGUGCAAUCAGGAGAGAAGCCUAGCACGGUGAGAAAAUUUGUUUUACCCGUUCGCAGCGUGCAUUCAUCAAGGGUUAUAAAACCAAAUAAAAGAUUUAUCGAGGAAUUGGAAGAAAUUUCUACUACGGAGUAUAGCGAGAAUGAAAUUGGUGUACACGUAAAAAAGACUAAAUUAAAUUCAGAUAAGCUUAGCAACUUGGAAUCAAAAUUGAAAGGGGAUACUGUUAGUAAGUUGUGUACAAAAUUUAAAGAGGCAAGAAGCAAGCCAAAAAGGGUGAUUCAGAGUGUAGACUCCAAUGCUGAGAUAACUCAAUCAGUAAAAAAUAUAGAGAAAUCAGCGAAUUCUGUACAAAACACACAAAUAUCAAAACCAGCUCAUAGAGAAGUAAAGAAACCUCAUACUAUAUCAUGUAAAAAUAAAGUAUCAAACAGCACAUCUGACAAUUCUAAUAGUAAUCAAGAAUGCUCACAAAACUCGAGCAGAACGACACAAACUGUGAAAUCAACAAUUUCCAGAAAUCAGAAACAGAUUUCUAUUCCUACAAAAGUUCUUCCCGAUUCCAAUGUUCCACACUUCGAGUCUUCCAGAGUUCAGACGAGAUCAGGAACUCAAAAUGAAAUAGCGAGCGAUUUAAUUAAUAAUCAGGUAAGCUUUGACAGUGGUGCAGGAUUGACAGAAGGUGGCUGUGCAGAAACUGAGAAUCAGCUUGGACAUGGUAAUAAAACUGCGGUUAGUACAUUCAACAGUUUUGAGACGGAAAACAAUUUAUCUGAAAGCGAAAGCGAGCACAGCAAUCACUCGGAAGGCGAGCCAUCCGAUUUCAGCGGAAUGAAACUCCAUGGCGGGAAAGUUAUAUUAAGAAAAGCAAGAUUAAAGUUGGAUAAUAAAUGUCUAGCUGGAACAGAAGGACCAUUUUCAACAACGAGUACCAGUAACACUAUGGGAGGAAGCACUAAUUUAGGAUUAACAGGUACUAUAAAAUGUGGUGUUUGCGGAGCAGUGCGAUUUUAUCGAUUCGUGAAACAGGCACGCAAAUUUGGUAUUCACAGUUGCGAAUCUUGUCGAAAGUUUAUAAGCAAAAUGAUCAAACGUCAGGCUUGUGCUAAAUCCUCAAAUAAUGUUCUUCCCAUUCUUCAGUGUCAUAAAGGGGACGGUUUGUGUUUAGUUCCACCUGUUGUGAGGAGUCAACAAUGGAAUCUCAUGAGAUGCGUUUAUAAAGCCAGAUGCCCGGCGUGUUGGUUAAAAAUGUGUUUGAAAUGUUAUAACAUUCCAUCUCCUUUGAGAACAGGUUUAAACGCAUUGUUACCACCAUUAAUGAGAGACCCUUUAAGUAUUUCUCUGCCACUUGGUCAAGACGAGGAUGGUCAAGGACAAAAGUUGUGCUCGUCUAAACUCAGUUGGCCUGCGGAAGAUAGCUCGGAAAGAAAUUUAUUUAAGUCUGCUAUGAGUUGGAGAAAUUUUGAAAUGGGACAUAAGACGAGUUAUCAGGGUACUGGAGGUUUUCUCUAUACAAAAAUAGAUAAAUUUGAUUCUUCGAUGAGUAUAUCGCCUAAUAAAAAACGAAGGAAAAAUAACAGGAUUAAGGUAAGGAAGAAAAUUAAAAAUCCAGUGGUUGCUUCUUCGUCUGGCAGCCAACAUUCGCAAUCUCUUAGACAGAGACUUGAGUUGAAAGGACCGAGAGUUAAGCAUGUUUGUCGAAGCGCCAGUGUCGCACUUGGACAACCCAUUGCAACUUUUCCUACUGUAGACGCGAAAGAAGACAACGAACAUGGCAAAAACAUUCCAAAGACAGUGAAAGAAAUUGAAAGAAUAGAAAAGAGAGAUGAUAUUAUAAAAGAAAAGGAAAUACAAAAGCACAAUGAAGAUAAUAAUUUAAAUCUCAGCGUUCACACGGUACAACAGUCUCAUUCGAGAAGAGGAAAACCGCAACAGAGUGUGUCAACGUUGCAUUUUCCAGGGGUGUCUAAGGCAGCUGUGGAUACUGUAUAUACAGUUUCCAUAGAUUUCUGGGAGCAAUACGAUCCUUCCGAGGUCGGAGCUAAGGGUUUCGCUCUUAUCGGUUCUGAGCUAUUUCAUAUACCUGCUAUUUGUUAUCUGUGCGGAAGCGCUGGUAAAGAGCCGUUGAUCCACUGUCAAUGCUGUUGCGAGCCAUACCAUGCCUUCUGUUUGGAACCCAGUGAAUGGAAUGCUUGUGCACAGCCAAACUGGUGUUGUCCCCGGUGUACGAUAUGUCAGUCCUGCCAUCUCAGAUCCGGUCCGAAAUUAUCCUGCAUUCGUUGUCGUCAGUCGUUUCACCAUUCAUGUUUGUCAAAGUCCGGUGUUAGCUCCAGAUUGUACAGUCCCGAUCGACCUUAUGUUUGUCAGAGCUGUAUUAAAUGUAAAAGCUGUGGUAGCGAGGGCGUUAACGUUCACGUUGGUAACUUACCUCUCUGCUCUAUGUGCUUUAAGUUAAGACAACAAGGAAACUAUUGUCCUUUGUGUCAGAGAUGUUAUAACGAGAACGAUUUUGACACAAAGAUGAUGGAAUGUAGCGAGUGUUCCUGCUGGGUACAUGCCCGUUGUGAAGGCCUUUCCGAUGAGCGUUACCAGAUACUUAGUUACCUGCCUGAUUCGAUUGAAUUCACAUGUAGCCAAUGCUCUUCCAAUUCGAGUUCCUCUAUCUGGAGGAAUGCCAUAGAAGCGGAACUGAAGGCGGGUUUCAUCGGGGUGAUAAAAUCUCUGAGUAAAAACCGCAAGAUUUGCACGGCUCUCAAGUGGAGUCCCAGAAAGGAGUGCCUUUGCAGGCCCGUUUCGAGUGUGAGAAAACUUGAAUUUCCUGAAGAAGACAAAAACGAAACGAACUGUAUGAAAGAUGCCAAUUAUAGGGAUGGUACGAAUAAGCCUGAUUUAGAAGAACAUUCAAUAGACGGUCCCGUUAGAAAAGGUCUGCGACGACUACGACAGAAAUUCCAUCUAAAAGAAUGCUCGGUUAGGGUGAAAAACUGCCUUCCGAAGGAUAAUCUCUCUCAAGAUAAUGAGAGAAAAGACUGGUCAAAUCAAGAUUCGUCAGUUUCUUCAACCGAUGUCACGGAAUGCCACUGUUCCGAGCAGCAAAUCAUCGCAAGGCCCUCGCCCACUUUAAUGUCUGUAAAACGUAAGGUAAACAGUAACGAGUACAAAUCGUUAUUACAAUUUCAUUGUGAUAUGAUGCACGUAAUCAACCGUGUCGAUUCAAGAGAUCUGAUAGAAACGUAUCAUGAUAUUCUACAAGAGGUUUUUCCAUGGUUUACUCCGAAGAAUUUUAAGAGCAGCGACGACAACGAUGAUACGUUAACGGCUACUAAAGACGUUGGCGAAGACAUUGCUCUGACAACAAAGUUUGACGAUCCUAUUCUGGAGGCGUGGAAGGAGGAAGUGAUGAAAGCACCGAAAGCAAUCGCAGCAAAAACAGCGAAUUUAUAUAAUAUUCACGUCGAGGACAGCAGAUCGUGUUGUUUAUGCAAGGGUUUGGGCGAUGGGCACGAGACAAAAGAGGGAAGGUUAUUGUAUUGUGGGCAGAAUGAAUGGGUACACGCGAAUUGCGCGCUAUGGUCAAACGAGGUGUUUGAGGAAAUUGAUGGCUCACUGCAGAAUGUUCACAGUGCCAUUUCGAGGGGUCGUUUGAUUCGCUGCUCCGAGUGCGGUAAGAAGGGCGCGAGCAUCGGAUGUUGCGCGAAGAAUUGCAGCAAUACUUUUCAUUUUCCAUGCGCGAGGAACGUCGGACUCGCUUUCAACGACGACAAAACUGUAUUUUGCAUCUCACAUUCGAAUACGAGUCACGUCUGUAAGUCUCUGCAGAACGAGAAUGAGUUUAGUUUGAAACGACCUGUGUAUGUGGAGUUGGAUCGAAAGAAAAAGAAAUUUGCCGAGCCCAACAAAGUUAAGUUAAUGAUAGGUUCUUUGAUGGUUGACUGUUUGGGCACCGUCAUUCCGGAAUUCUCUGAUACAGCUGAGAAGAUAAUACCAUGCGAUUACAAAUGUUCUAGACUUUACUGGUCCACAGUGAAUCCUUACAAGAUCGUGAGAUAUUACAUUAGAACUUAUGUGCAGGUACAUAUGCCGGACGUCUCGUCCGACAUGGAGAAUAACAUCACCAUCGAUCAUAGCAAGGAGCAGGAAAAAGAUGAAGUACCGACAGACGGUACAUAUUUGGUCGUCAAACAAACUCUAGAUGCACUCAUCGAUUUCGUGUGUAACAAAGAAGUUGAUGAGAAUUUAGCGGAGCAGAACAAUACAGAUCUUUUACCGCCGGAAUUGAAGGAGGCUAUAUUUGAGGAUUUGCCACACGACCUGUUAGACGGAAUUUCCAUGCAAGACAUUUUUCCAAAGAUGUCGUACGAGGAUUUUUUAGCCAUGGAUUUAAAGAAUGAUGGCUCUUUCAGCACGGAUUUAUUUAAGGAUGAUAUGUUGUCAUCAGAAGUCGAAGAGACGAUAAAACCGUCGGAAAGCAAGAUCUCCAAAAUAGAUUCAUCUCUAUUGGAAUUAGGAGCGCACAAUGACCUCUGGGUACGGUUGGAAGCAAAGACUGCGAUGCAGGACCUCAUGGAUGACUUAUUUAAUUCAAAAAGCCAGAAACGUGGCGGUAGAGAACUGAAACGAUCCAAAUCAGAGGUGAUGUCGAACAAUCCGCUGAUCGUCGGCGGUCAGAGGCAUCAUCAGCGUUCCUGUAGUCUCACAUGGAGCUGCAAGCUAGACAACACUUACGGUUCUAACAUAAAAAGACGAAAGUUGCCUCGAAAUCCAUCCAGUACCAAGUCCAGUGAAACUGGUCUUAUUGUUCUUGAUGCACAAAACGAACGCACGUCGAUGUUUCAUGAAUUGAGAAUCCCGGAGAGUAUUAUGGUCACUGUGGGAAGAGGAAACACGCCUAACAUACUAUCCGAUUCCGUGCGCGAGUUAAAGUACUGUAUUGAGGACUCUGCUGGAUUAAAUCGCCGCGUGUUGCCAGCCAGGGACGACGUGAAAGAACACAAGAGACUGCUCUGGCAUCCAAGACAACAGCAACCGCGAAUAGUGCAGGUCGACGGGUCGGUUGACGCUAAUAGUGCCAGCGAGUGCAGUUCACCAGAAUACAAUGCCGAGGAGAAAAGCACGAGUCUUCAAACGUCCGAAUCAUUAUCGAUCCCGCAAUUAGACGGCAUUAACGAUGAGCACUCGUCUGACGCGAGCGAGCCAAGCUCGGAAAUGGAACUUGGCUUAUACACGCGGCCUUUAAAUCUUUUACAUUCGAAGCGUAUCUUUGGUUUCAUCAGAUCACAUGUGUCAAGUAACUGUGAUAAAAAAAUGAAGAAUGGCAAUAGCAACCUCAUAACCGCACCUAUCAUUAGGUGUACCUCGCACAAGGCGGAAGUCUUGUUCAAGGAGAAGAAUCUCAAAGUGAAUCUGCAGAUCCCACAGGUGGAUGGUGCAGGCGAUAUCUCGAGCGACGACGAGUGCGUCUCGUCGCAACAUAUGAUAGCGCAUGAAAGGUUACUUCAUGCCUCAUACGAGUCGUCGCCGUUCGAGGAUAUCGACGUCACUUGCAAGAGGUGUGGCCUCACGUAUCGCAACGAAGAGAGUUACAAUCGUCAUCUGGACAACUGCGAUACUAUGAUCACCAGUGAUAGCGACUCGGAGACCAUGGACAACAAGCUGGCGUCGCCAGAGUCGGGGUUUUCCCCAAAUAUGGGUUCCGUGUCAUCGCAAUUUAUCACGCUUUCACCAUCCGAGGGCCACACUCUAACAACCGAUUACACGGACAUUCAAGCGACAUCACCCAUCGAGGCAUCCGUGGCGUCACCCCAUCCGAGUAUGAUUGAACCGAUCGCCCAAGCGAUCAUCACGCCGCAAAUUCAUGCGACACACGCCACCGUCGAGACCGUACACCAGACAGUAUUAACGUCCAACGACGUGAUCGUACAGACUCAAUACACCCGUAGAACCACCACUCUGCCGAACCCAGCAGUAUUACCUCCUCAGGAAAGCACAGUGCAGAUAACGGAGAUCACAGAUCCACCGUCCAUCUCCAGCGACUCUAACGUUACGGCGCAUGGUAUCGUGAACACGCCGAUGAAUUCGCCGGACAGCACGAGCUCGCAGACCGUCCCAAGCCCGGAAAUGUCGCCUAGUUUUUCGUCCAUGGGCGUACAAACCGCGCAAGAGUCUAUGCAAACGAACGCACAGAUCACCCGAACCUCUUCCAAGAAGAAUUUACGGGUAGCCAAGCCUAAGAUCAAGAACAUCAAGCCGCAGCAACAUGUUCUGAAGAACGUGAUGCAGUCGUCGCAAAAUGUCGCGCACAAUGUCAAAUUUCAACCGACAGCGAUGUCGAACGGUCCACCGGUAAUCCAGCUACAUCAGACUACCCCGAGACCGCCCACAGUGAUCCUUCAGCAAGUGGCAUCACCGGGCAUCGUGUCCGCUUAUGUGGAAGCACUGCAGCAACAAUCCGGUCAAAAUUUACAAUACAUCACGACGAUAGGUGACGGGCAACACGAGACCGGUUUCAAGCCGCAGCUGAUCACUGCAAAUUCCUUGGUGCCAGGCACCUAUAUACAGGCACCGUCCACCGACAAUCUGCUGCUACAAAACGGUGGUAUAUCGAUAUUGCCGAGCGUGCAGAUUGCGCAGACACAGCCUACUGUAUUAGGUACCAUCAUACAGCAACAACCCAAUGCGAUCCAAUGUGGUGUUAUAUCGUCGGAGCAAUUGCUGUUGAGCUCUACGCCUACUUUGGAAAUGUUCACCGAUCCAACUGGCGGUAUGUUCGUAUCGAAUCAACCAAUGUACUAUGGUCUGGAGACAAUCGUAAGCAAUACCGUGAUGUCGUCUAGCCAAUUCAUGGCGGGCACCGUGCCACAAGUAUUGGCCAGCAGUUACCAAACAACAACACAGGUGUUUCAAGCGUCUAAGCUGAUGGAGCCUAUCGUGGAUGUACAAGCUAUGCCGGGCGUACCUACUGUAACAACGAUGCAGAAUGUAUCGAGCAUGCCGAACAUAUCUGGUAUGCCCAACAUAGCUGGCGUACCUAACAUAGCGAGUAUGCAGAAUGUGAGUGGCAUGUCCAACAUGUCCGGAGUGCCUUAUGUAGUGGUGAAUCAAUCGGCGCCGCCGCUACCACCAGCAGCAGCUCCGGUACCAUCACCAGCACCAACAUUGGCGUCGGCACCGAUGCCAGCAUCGGCAUCAAUACCAGCACCAGUGUCAAUACCAACACCAGUGUCAAUACCAACACCAGUAUCAAUACCGACACCAAUAUCAAUACCAACACCAGUAUCAAUGCCAGCACCAAUAUCAAUAUCAGCAUCAACGCUAGCAGUGGAACCAAUUGUAACGCCACCACAAAUCAACAUUUCCGCCACAUCUCAGGACCGAGCUUACGGUGGCAUCGCGUGUAACGUCGUGGCACCAGUACCGUGUCAAAAUGCAACCAUAGAGCAUCCAAUGGCAUCGAUUCAAGUAGCAGAUGUGUGCUCAUCGAACGCGACGUCGAUAAGCGUAAUGACGCCGAAAAAACCAUCAACACCUCCAUCGCCGUUACCGCCGCCACCAUCAUCGGUACUACCACCUCAUGCAAUGCCAACGAUACCUCGUGUCGCUGUGAGACCCAGUCCAGUCACGCAUUCGGUUCAGGCGAAUCAUGGAACUGCUUGGAAGAUCACUGAGCCGUUGUUCGGCGCGGAGCAACCGAUGAGCAACAGUGUGCGACCAUACUUCGAUUCGAAACACGUAUCGGAGAACACUAGCAUGAUCAAAUCUAGCAUAUCAUCUAAGAUACCACCUCUAUCGAAUCAUUAUGUUACGCAACGGAAUCUAGUUUUAAAUCAUAAGUCAAAUCACGAUGUAAAUAGCGUACAUAAAAGCUAUAGUAGCGGUACCGCGUUGAAUCCGAACUCUGUUGUGAACGCAGGCAUCAAUAAUAGCCCAAUCGUCGUCUCCAAUUCCAACUCCGUACAGAAUAAAAUUACGAUGCCGACGAAUAACAUGCCGACUAGUAGACCGAUGAACAGGGUGCUGCCAAUGCAGGCGGUGACGCUUAAGCAAGAUCCGGCAAAGAAAGACGAUUUGGCGAUCGAAGAGCCGACGAAACCGGUAAUCAAGCCAGCCGAACCGGAAAUUGUAGAGUCAAAGAAGGAAAUCAUAGAGCAGAUCGUGCAAAUAAAAAAACCUGAAACCACACUCAGCAAUAUCACCGACAAUAUCAAGCUGAAUACAGAAACUAUAGAGAAGGUAAAGGAGAAUUUCAAACUGGAACUUGAUAAGGAGAAGCUACAAAACACAUCGUUGAAGAUAGUGCUGCAGAAACAGUUACAGGACGGUUCUUACAAGAUCACGCGCAACAUGAAGGCAGUCACUCAGAGCAAAAAAACACCGCAAGUAACAUCUGUGGAGAUAUUACCAUCAAAACAGGUACCUCAGAUUGCGUCAUUACAACUGUUGCCGAUCAAAACGUUUACGCUCAAAGCAAACAAGCUCGAGGACAAGGUGAAGCCUAUGGACGCGAAAGUGAACAUACUUAAGGCAAAAGCGCCGCCCGUAGCUGUCAAGAAACCGAGAAUAGUGACGAAAUCAAUUAGACCGCUGCGAAACAAUCCGCACCAGAAUCCGCCGCAAAUGCACAACUGUUCGAAGGGACCCAUCUUAAUGUAUGAGAUCAAGUCGCAAGAUGGCUUUACCCACACUGCCUCGUCUAUGACCGAGGUUUGGGAGACGGUGUAUCAGGCGGUGCAGAAUGCGCGCAAAAUUCAUAACUUGUCUCCUCUACCUCACAAUCCGUUGUCCGAGGGUCUCGGUUUGGAGAAUAAUGCGGCUAUCUAUCUGAUCGAACAAUUGCCGGGCGUCAACAGAUGUAGCAAGUAUAAGCCCAAAUUCCAUACGUUGGAGCCGCCAAAACCCGACGAGAUGGAAAACGAAUUGCCGGCAGCGUGUGCCAACGGAGCGGCACGAGCAGAGCCUUUUAAAGGCAGGAAAGUACACGACAUGUUUAGCUGGUUGGCGUCGCAGCAUAGACCGCAUCCUAAUAUAAUUACAAUAUCGGAAACAGAGUCUAGGCGAGCCGUGAGUACCAAUUUGCCUAUGGCAAUGCGCUUUAGAAUACUUAAGGAAACAUCAAAAGCAUCUGUUGGUGUGUAUUAUUCCCAUAUACAUGGUAGAGGACUGUUUUGUUUGAGAGAUAUCGAGCCUGGUGAGAUGGUCAUCGAAUACGCCGGUGAAGUUAUUCGAUCUUCCUUGACCGACAAAAGAGAAAAGUAUUAUGACAGCAAGAAUAUAGGCUGUUAUAUGUUUAAAAUCGACGAUCAUCUAGUUGUUGAUGCUACUAUGAAGGGAAAUGCAGCUAGAUUUAUCAAUCAUUCAUGCGAGCCAAAUUGCUACUCGCGAGUGGUGGACAUACUAGGUAAGAAACACAUACUGAUUUUUGCUCUUCGUCGCAUCAUUCAAGGGGAGGAGUUGACAUAUGACUACAAAUUUCCAUUCGAGGAUAUCAAGAUCCCGUGUACUUGCGGUUCUCGCAAAUGUCGCAAAUACCUCAACUGAGACUGCGUAUAUACAGCUUAUCUUAAGCAGCCGACCGAAGACAAAGAAAUAAAAUAUGUGCUAUAAUUGCGCGCGCGCUUUCGAAUAGGAUUCGUUUUAUUGAAUGUUAUUCAUUUUACUCAUCAUCAAACUAUUUUCAGAGAUUGCAGCUUUUUAUUACUAUAAAAGAACAUAGAUUAUACAUUUUAAAUAUUAGAAGGCCAGACGUAAUACGCGAAGCACAGCGGUUACGACGAUGUUACUUUAGACAGCUACGUUCCUGUAGUUGAUUUAACGGGGGGUAUAUUUACACAUAUACCUAUAGCAAUAAACCAUUCGAGUAUAUCCUGCUUUUGUAUCCGACAAAGUCGUGCGUUUUACUAACGCGCUUCAGACUUGUGAAAGUGUUAUUUUAUUCACGCCUGUGCUUUCUCGCACGACUUUUAGACUCUACGUAUUAUCUACUGUUGAGGCUUAAGUGUACAAGUUAUCUUACACUUUACACUAAAUGCGAGAGCUCCUUAGUUCGCAUAAUUUUUGCAUGAUCUGGAUCUCUCGAUGCUUUGAUCGGAUUUGAAAAUAAACUCUCCCUUAGACGAAUGUCAUCAUAAGGAUGAAAAUGGAAAAUGGAAAAUAAUGCCGCAAGAAUACUACGAGAAAGUAUAAUAGCGGAUUUUCGAUAAUGAUCGUAGCUUUCUGAAAGCCACUUAUAUUUCUUUCAAAUAUCACAAGAUAAAAAUAACGCAAGCAUAGUGUAUAAAAGAUCUUGUCAAGCACGUGAACAUGAAAUACGCGACAAUUGUAUAUUUAGAUGAUUUGUAAAUUUUAAAUUUAGUGUACAGUGUAUGACUAACUUCGUGACAUUUCAUGUCUACUGUAGGGCCAGAUUUCAAAUGUUUUUGUAAAAUAUGUAAUUGUUAGACUAGAUAUAUCGUCUUUGAUGUAAGUACAGCAAAUCAGUUUUAACUUAAGUUAGGAAUGUAGGUAUUAAGGAGAGAGAUAGAGAAUGGCAAGCGAGAACAGUCUCCUACAGCAGGAUAUUGUUCGAAGGUGUACCUACUUUGGCAGACAUUGAUACGAUUUUAUGUUUUAUUAUACACAUGGCAUCAUUGACUAGAGAAUAUUUGCUUUCCAGAACAAGCUAUUUAUUCAGUGUAAAAAUGAAUGGCGCGAGUUCGAUAUUAUUUGCCCUCUUUUCCUUUUUGUAUAUUUUUUUAAAAUAUCGCGUCUAUAUUUGUGCUUCCACCUUGCCAAGAUCAUAUUCAUCGAGUUUAUUAUCCGAAUUUUAUUAUCUGAAUGAUACGAGACAUGACAUUUUAUUUGGCGAGUAUUGAAUAGAAGCGUUAACAGUUUUAAUAAUUCUUUUAAAAGAAUUUUUUUAAUCGAAAAAUCGGUUUGUUCGUCGAUCGAAUCGACGAAGAUUUAUGCAUUGUUUGGGAUAAACGUCUCCGGAUACGUUUCUCCGGCGAACGUUUGUGAUAUUUUCCUAUAAUAGGAAAUAUAUUAGAGAUGCUUUUAUAGGAAUAUAUAUUUUACAUUUUUACGGAUAUAUAUAUACCAUAUAUUCCGUACCAAUACCCUUCUGUGAAGUCCAGUUUUGCCUUACUUUUACAUGUACCUACGCUUUCACCCGGUGAUAGAUUUAGAUAUAUAUAUUUACGCAAAUGAUAUUUUAUAUUCGAAACUAACACAACCGCAACGGCGCGUGGCACAGCGCCCUCCGAUACAAUUACAUCGUAUUUUAGCGCGAUUAAUCAAUUUCUGCCGAGGUGGUAGUCCCUUAAAUUUUGGUGCUCCAUGGACACCGUUAAGUGCACUUUUCAUGAAAAAAUGGCCUAGAGUAAGAGAUAGUAAGGUUGCAGUGCGGAAGUGUUUGAUAAUAAUAAGAAAUGCGUUAUACGAAGAAUAUUGAUCGUGAAUUAUUUAAAGAGAUAAUAUAAAGGGGUGAAAUGGUGGCACACACAUAGGAGCGCAUUAUUUGAGCACACGAAUAAUGUCAGACGUGCUGCGAUUUUAAUCGGCCUGGUUUGGUACAAAGCGCGUAUGCUGAGUUGUAAAAAGUUAUAAAAUCGCGGGAAAACGGAAACCUGUUCUGGUCACGUGAAAUUGCCAUCUUUUAGAUAUUUUGUGAAUCUUUUUUUUAAUAUUAUAAUUAUCGAUAAUUAAUGACUAUUAUAUUCGAGGAGAUGAAUAUUGUUAAUAUAAUGAUAAUUAAUUUUAAUCUGUACAUGAAAAGUAAUACGACUAGUAAGGAUGGUAACUUACUUGAAAAUAUAACAAUGUUAGAUAUUUUAUUGAUAUUUAUUGAUUAUAAACGAUAUGGUAUUAGGGUUGACGAAAAAGUACUAAUGUAAACUGAACGAUUUAGGACCGGUGCACAUAUAUGGUAGUCACAUUGAUUAACGCGGAUACAAGGAUCAAAUCCUUUUUUUUUUAUUCUAACAAACGAGCAAUCGUGUAUCUUUAAUUCGAUUACAGCCUCCUGAUUGUUACGCUAGAAUAAUCGGACGUCAGAAUUCAUUUGGGCUUUACAAGGUGUAUUCUCUGUAGGCAUACAUAUAUCAACUCGAUUUUUACAUCGCUCUGUAUUAUGAUUGUAAGCUGUAAGCAUCCAUCAUUGUCCGAUUUCAUUUAUACAAUCGCGAAUAGGUUUAAAUUUCUCAGUACAUCGUUCCCUUUUCAUUAUUUGUAUCACCGACUUCUGUAAAGUACCCACGCGAGUACUUCAGCAAAAAGUAUCGAACAGUUUGGACGUAUGCUUGUAGCGUAAGAUGAAAAGCGUAUGUGUGAAAGAGAGUGUGUGUGUGAGAGAGAGAGAGAUUUACUUGUCUGCUAAUAAUCCUUACCUGAUGAAUUCGGACGAAUAUCUAUCAGGUGCUUUCUGGAACAUACUCUGUGUCUUUUUAAACUACUCUUUAAACUGCGUAAAAAGGGUGUACGACCCUCCUUAGUAUUACGCAUACAGCCUUCAUUAUUAUUAUUAUUAUUAUUAUCAUCAUCGCUAUUAAUUAUAAUCUAUACACACACAAAAAACGAGAAAGAGAAAGCAUAAUACAUCACUACUCAAGUCACUCGUAUUUGGGCAUAUUAAGCACCGUUUGUUUACUACACCCAUCAGCACCUUUCAAAAGUAACGCUGCGUGUAAAAAAAAGAACAUCCGAAGAAACGGUACGAUGAAUAAACUGUUUAAGUAGUUUACCAAUAAUUAAAGGAAAAAAAAUGAUACUAAUGUAUAGAUGUAAUAGGUAGAUUGUUUCUCUCCGACUUUUACGCAUGUUUUACCUCUCGACAGAUAGAUUCGCUCCGAACGAUUCGAAUCCGUACGGACAUCGCAUUUCAGCGUUGCGUUUAAAAUUGCGAGUGAUUAAGUGAUUUCGCGGAAACGUGACGAGCGCGCGAUGUGUAUUACCGCGUUCUUGCGACACGACAGUUUCGGCGCAUCGUCGCGCUAAUUGCGAUCUCUCAACCAGAAAUUUGGUCUCAUUGCGCUCUUUAGAUCUUUUUUUCUUCUUGAGAAAAGGAUGAACUAAGAAAACUAAUAAAAUAUUACAAUUUAAGCAAUUGAAGAGGAAACGGGAGAAAAAUUGAAAUAUAAAACGCUUCUUAAAACGUGUAUAAACCUACUAUUCUAACGUUUAAACAAAGUGUAGAAUUUUGAAAUAUUGUACUUGUUUAAAAGAAAAGUAAGAGGGAAGAUAAAUAUAACAAUUACUGACAAACUCGACGAUGGUAUGAAAGAGAAAAAGAAAAAUUGAAAAAAUUGUCUGUGAUUAUCAGUCAUAAUAAUCUUUAGGUCGACAUAUUUUUUAGAGAAUAUUUUUUAGGAAAUUACAAAAUUUAUGAUAUAUCCCUAUUAUUGAUAUGAUAUUGGAUCAGACACGUGCUAUACGCAUAAUAAUAUUAAAAGUGAAAUUGAAAAAAAAAUGAAUGAUGAACUGUAAAAGUUGCAAACUGUUUAAAUAGAGUUACAAAUAGUUGAGAUUCGAUGGCUGUUGUAAAAUAUUCAGUGUUUGGACAAAUAAUUAUUAAAAAACUAUUUAUAACUAAUAUCGAAGUACGAUAAUAUUAUCGCAUAUUACAGUAGCGUUUUUAUCCCUUCUUGCGUUUGCAUAUUUAUGACGGAUAUAGGUUGUAGAGAGAGAGAGAGAGAGAGAGAGAGAGAAGAAUUUCGGUAAAUGAGGCCCGACCAUGGAAACCUGACUCGCGAUUAAAUGAAUGCGAUUAAUUGAACGAACGAGGAACGAUAUUAUGAAAACGAAGGAAUGGGGGGAUGACGAUAACGGGACGGACAGGGGGCAUUUGCCACACGUUUUUUGCGUGUAAAUUGUCGUUAUCAAUCCAUCUACUUAUCGUAGAAAACUUAUGAAGUUUAAUCGUAAUAUCUACAUUAACCAGAAAAGGUAUGCGUACCGCAUAGAAAAAGAACACAUAGCUGCUUUCAUCACAAGACACGUACUCGUACAUACACACACACAAAACACACAGAUAUGCCCAUGUUUU